AUGAGCGGACAAACGAGUAGUCCGGGCGGAGGAGGCAUGGGCGGAGGAGGUAUGGGCGGAGGAGGCAUGGGCGGAGGCAUGGGCGGAGGAGGCAUGGGCGGAGGCAUGGGCGGAGACAUGGGCGGAGGAAGCAUGGGCGGAGGAAGCAUGGGCGGAGGAAGCAUGAGCGGCGGAGGCAUGGGCGGAGGAGGCAUGGGCGGAGGAAGUAUGGGCGGAGGAGGCAUGGGCGGCGGAGGCAUGGGCGGAGGAGGCAUGGGCGGAGGAGGCAUGGGCGGAGGAGGCAUGGGCGGAGGAGGCAUGGGCGGAGGAGGCAUGGGCGGAGGAGGCAUGGGCGGAGGAAGCAUGGGCGGAGGUGGCAUGGGCGGAGGUGGCAUGGGCGGAGGAGGCAUGGGCGGAGAAAACAUGGGCGGAGGAGGCAUGGGCGGAGGAGGCAUGGGGGGAGGCAGCGGGUCAUCAGCAUGCACGUUCAUGUCCUCUCAUCUCUUCCCCUCACGCAUUGGUUUCCAUCUCUUCCCCUCACGCAUUGGUUUCCAUCUCUUCCCCUCACGCAUUGGUUUCCAUCUCUUCCCCUCACGCAUUGGUUUCCAUCUCUUCCCCUCACGCAUUGGUUUCCAUCUCUUCCCCUCACGCAUUGGUUUCCAUCUCUUCCCCUCACGCAUUGGUUUCCAUCUCUUCCCCUCACGCAUUGGUUUCCAUCUCUUCCCCUCACGCAUUGGUUUCCAUCUCUUCCCCUCACGCAUUGGUUUCCAUCUCUUCCCCUCACGCAUUGGUUUCCAUCUCUUCCCCUCACGCAUUGGUUUCCAUCUCUUCCCCUCACGCAUUGGUUUCCAUCUCUUCCCCUCACGCAUUGGUUUCCAUCUCUUCCCCUCACGCAUUGGUUUCCAUCUCUUCCCCUCACGCAUUGGUUUCCAUCUCUUCCCCUCACGCAUUGGUUUCCAUCUCUUCCCCUCACGCAUUGGUUUCCAUCUCUUCCCCUCACGCAUUGGUUUCCAUCUCUUCCCCUCACGCAUUGGUUUCCAUCUCUUCCCCUCACGCAUUGGUUUCCAUCUCUUCCCCUCACGCAUUGGUUUCCAUCUCUUCCCCUCACGCAUUGGUUUCCAUCUCUUCCCCUCACGCAUUGGUUUCCAUCUCUUCCCCUCACGCAUUGGUUUCCAUCUCUUCCCCUCACGCAUUGGUUUCCAUCUCUUCCCCUCACGCAUUGGUUUCCAUCUCUUCCCCUCACGCAUUGGUUUCCAUCUCUUCCCCUCACGCAUUGGUUUCCAUCUCUUCCCCUCACGCAUUGGUUUCCAUCUCUUCCCCUCACGCAUUGGUUUCCAUCUCUUCCCCUCACGCAUUGGUUUCCAUCUCUUCCCCUCACGCAUUGGUUUCCAUCUCUUCCCCUCACGCAUUGGUUUCCAUCUCUUCCCCUCACGCAUUGGUUUCCAUCUCUUCCCCUCACGCAUUGGUUUCCAUCUCUUCCCCUCACGCAUUGGUUUCCAUCUCUUCCCCUCACGCAUUGGUUUCCAUCUCUUCCCCUCACGCAUUGGUUUCCAUCUCUUCCCCUCACGCAUUGGUUUCCAUCUCUUCCCCUCACGCAUUGGUUUCCAUCUCUUCCCCUCACGCAUUGGUUUCCAUCUCUUCCCCUCACGCAUUGGUUUCCAUCUCUUCCCCUCACGCAUUGGUUUCCAUCUCUUCCCCUCACGCAUUGGUUUCCAUCUCUUCCCCUCACGCAUUGGUUUCCAUCUCUUCCCCUCACGCAUUGGUUUCCAUCUCUUCCCCUCACGCAUUGGUUUCCAUCUCUUCCCCUCACGCGUUGGUUUCCAUCUCUUCCCCUCACGCGUUGGUUUCCAUCUCUUCCCCUCACGCAUUGGUUUCCAUCUCUUCCCCUCACGCAUUGGUUUCCAUCUCUUCCCCUCACGCAUUGGUUUCCAUCUCUUCCCCUCACGCAUUGGUUUCCAUCUCUUCCCCUCACGCAUUGGUUUCCAUCUCUUCCCCUCACGCAUUGGUUUCCAUCUCUUCCCCUCACGCAUUGGUUUCCAUCUCUUCCCCUCACGCAUUGGUUUCCAUCUCUUCCCCUCACGCAUCGGUUUCCAUCUCUUCCCCUCACGCAUCGGUUUCCAUCUCUUCCCCUCACGCAUCGGUUUCCAUCUCUUCCCCUCACGCAUUGGUUUCCAUCUCUUCCCCUCACGCAUUGGUUUCCAUCUCUUCCCCUCACGCAUUGGUUUCCAUCUCUUCCCCUCACGCAUUGGUUUCCAUCUCUUCCCCUCACGCAUUGGUUUCCAUCUCUUCCCCUCACGCAUUGGUUUCCAUCUCUUCCCCUCACGCAUUGGUUUCCAUCUCUUCCCCUCACGCAUCGGUUUCCAUCUCUUCCCCUCACGCAUCGGUUUCCAUCUCUUCCCCUCACGCAUCGGUUUCCAUCUCUUCCCCUCACGCAUCGGUUUCCAUCUCUUCCCCUCACGCAUCGGUUUCCAUCUCUUCCCCUCACGCAUCGGUUUCCAUCUCUUCCCCUCACGCAUCGGUUUCCAUCUCUUCCCCUCACGCAUCGGUUUCCAUCUCUUCCCCUCACGCAUCGGUUUCCAUCUCUUCCCCUCACGCAUCGGUUUCCAUCUCUUCCCCUCACGCAUCGGUUUCCAUCUCUUCCCCUCACGCAUCGGUUUCCAUCUCUUCCCCUCACGCAUCGGUUUCCAUCUCUUCCCCUCACGCAUCGGUUUCCAUCUCUUCCCCUCACGCAUUGGUUUCCAUCUCUUCCCCUCACGCAUUGGUUUCCAUCUCUUCCCCUCACGCAUUGGUUUCCAUCUCUUCCCCUCACGCAUUGGUUUCCAUGUCUUCCCCUCACGCAUUGGUUUCCAUCUCUUCCCCUCACGCAUUGGUUUCCAUCUCUUCCCCUCACGCAUUGGUUUCCAUCUCUUCCCCUCACGCAUUGGUUUCCAUCUCUUCCCCUCACGCAUCGGUUUCCAUCUCUUCCCCUCACGCAUCGGUUUCCAUCUCUUCCCCUCACGCAUCGGUUUCCAUCUCUUCCCCUCACGCAUUGGUUUCCAUCUCUUCCCCUCACGCAUCGGUUUCCAUCUCUUCCCCUCACGCAUCGGUUUCCAUCUCUUCCCCUCACGCAUCGGUUUCCAUCUCUUCCCCUCACGCAUUGGUUUCCAUCUCUUCCCCUCACGCAUCGGUUUCCAUCUCUUCCCCUCACGCAUCGGUUUCCAUCUCUUCCCCUCACGCAUCGGUUUCCAUCUCUUCCCCUCACGCAUUGGUUUCCAUCUCUUCCCCUCACGCAUUGGUUUCCAUCUCUUCCCCUCACGCAUUGGUUUCCAUCUCUUCCCCUCACGCAUUGGUUUCCAUCUCUUCCCCUCACGCAUUGGUUUCCAUCUCUUCCCCUCACGCAUUGGUUUCCAUCUCUUCCCCUCACGCAUUGGUUUCCAUCUCUUCCCCUCACGCAUUGGUUUCCAUCUCUUCCCCUCACGCAUUGGUUUCCAUCUCUUCCCCUCACGCAUUGGUUUCCAUCUCUUCCCCUCACGCAUUGGUUUCCAUCUCUUCCCCUCACGCAUUGGUUUCCAUCUCUUCCCCUCACGCAUUGGUUUCCAUCUCUUCCCCUCACGCAUUGGUUUCCAUCUCUUCCCCUCACGCAUUGGCUUCCAUCUCUUCCCCUCACGCAUUGGCUUCCAUCUCUUCCCCUCACGCAUCGGUUUCCAUCUCUUCCCCUCACGCAUUGGUUUCCAUCUCUUCCCCUCACGCAUUGGUUUCCAUCUCUUCCCCUCACGCAUUGGUUUCCAUCUCUUCCCCUCACGCAUUGGUUUCCAUCUCUUCCCCUCACGCAUUGGUUUCCAUCUCUUCCCCUCACGCAUCGGUUUCCAUCUCUUCCCCUCACGCAUCGGUUUCCAUCUCUUCCCCUCACGCAUCGGUUUCCAUCUCUUCCCCUCACGCAUUGGUUUCCAUCUCUUCCCCUCACGCAUCGGUUUCCAUCUCUUCCCCUCACGCAUCGGUUUCCAUCUCUUCCCCUCACGCAUCGGUUUCCAUCUCUUCCCCUCACGCAUUGGUUUCCAUCUCUUCCCCUCACGCAUUGGUUUCCAUCUCUUCCCCUCACGCAUUGGUUUCCAUCUCUUCCCCUCACGCAUUGGUUUCCAUCUCUUCCCCUCACGCAUUGGUUUCCAUCUCUUCCCCUCACGCAUCGGUUUCCAUCUCUUCCCCUCACGCAUCGGUUUCCAUCUCUUCCCCUCACGCAUUGGUUUCCAUCUCUUCCCCUCACGCAUUGGUUUCCAUCUCUUCCCCUCACGCAUUGGUUUCCAUCUCUUCCCCUCACGCAUUGGUUUCCAUCUCUUCCCCUCACGCAUUGGUUUCCAUCUCUUCCCCUCACGCAUCGGUUUCCAUCUCUUCCCCUCACGCAUUGGUUUCCAUCUCUUCCCCUCACGCAUUGGUUUCCAUCUCUUCCCCUCACGCAUUGGUUUCCAUCUCUUCCCCUCACGCAUUGGUUUCCAUCUCUUCCCCUCACGCAUUGGUUUCCAUCUCUUCCCCUCACGCAUUGGUUUCCAUCUCUUCCCCUCACGCAUCGGUUUCCAUCUCUUCCCCUCACGCAUCGGUUUCCAUCUCUUCCCCUCACGCAUUGGUUUCCAUCUCUUCCACUCACGCAUUGGUUUCCAUCUCUUCCCCUCACGCAUUGGUUUCCAUCUCUUCCCCUCACGCAUUGGUUUCCAUCUCUUCCCCUCACGCAUUGGUUUCCAUCUCUUCCCCUCACGCAUUGGUUUCCAUCUCUUCCCCUCACGCAUUGGUUUCCAUCUCUUCCCCUCACGCAUUGGUUUCCAUCUCUUCCCCUCACGCAUUGGUUUCCAUCUCUUCCCCUCACGCAUUGGUUUCCAUCUCUUCCCCUCACGCAUUGGUUUCCAUCUCUUCCCCUCACGCAUUGGUUUCCAUCUCUUCCCCUCACGCAUUGGUUUCCAUCUCUUCCCCUCACGCAUUGGUUUCCAUCUCUUCCCCUCACGCAUCGGUUUCCACCUCUUCCCCUCACGCAUUGGUUUCCAUCUCUUCCCCUCACGCAUUGGUUUCCAUCUCUUCCCCUCACGCAUCGGUUUCCAUCUCUUCCCCUCACGCAUUGGUUUCCAUCUCUUCCCCUCACGCAUUGGUUUCCAUCUCUUCCCCUCACGCAUUGGUUUCCAUCUCUUCCCCUCACGCAUCGGUUUCCAUCUCUUCCCCUCACGCAUCGGUUUCCAUCUCUUCCCCUCACGCAUUGGUUUCCAUCUCUUCCCCUCACGCAUUGGUUUCCAUCUCUUCCCCUCACGCAUUGGUUUCCAUCUCUUCCCCUCACGCAUUGGUUUCCAUCUCUUCCCCUCACGCAUUGGUUUCCAUCUCUUCCCCUCACGCAUUGGUUUCCAUCUCUUCCCCUCACGCAUUGGUUUCCAUCUCUUCCCCUCACGCAUUGGUUUCCAUCUCUUCCCCUCACGCAUUGGUUUCCAUCUCUUCCCCUCACGCAUUGGUUUCCAUCUCUUCCCCUCACGCAUUGGCUUCCAUCUCUUCCCCUCACGCAUCGGUUUCCAUCUCUUCCCCUCACGCAUUGGUUUCCAUCUCUUCCCCUCACGCAUUGGUUUCCAUCUCUUCCCCUCACGCAUUGGUUUCCAUCUCUUCCCCUCACGCAUUGGUUUCCAUCUCUUCCCCUCACGCAUUGGUUUCCAUCUCUUCCCCUCACGCAUCGGUUUCCAUCUCUUCCCCUCACGCAUCGGUUUCCAUCUCUUCCCCUCACGCAUCGGUUUCCAUCUCUUCCCCUCACGCAUUGGUUUCCAUCUCUUCCCCUCACGCAUCGGUUUCCAUCUCUUCCCCUCACGCAUCGGUUUCCAUCUCUUCCCCUCACGCAUCGGUUUCCAUCUCUUCCCCUCACGCAUCGGUUUCCAUCUCUUCCCCUCACGCAUCGGUUUCCAUCUCUUCCCCUCACGCAUUGGUUUCCAUCUCUUCCCCUCACGCAUUGGUUUCCAUCUCUUCCCCUCACGCAUUGGUUUCCAUCUCUUCCCCUCACGCAUUGGUUUCCAUCUCUUCCCCUCACGCAUCGGUUUCCAUCUCUUCCCCUCACGCAUCGGUUUCCAUCUCUUCCCCUCACGCAUUGGUUUCCAUCUCUUCCCCUCACGCAUUGGUUUCCAUCUCUUCCCCUCACGCAUUGGUUUCCAUCUCUUCCCCUCACGCAUUGGUUUCCAUCUCUUCCCCUCACGCAUUGGUUUCCAUCUCUUCCCCUCACGCAUUGGUUUCCAUCUCUUCCCCUCACGCAUUGGUUUCCAUCUCUUCCCCUCACGCAUUGGUUUCCAUCUCUUCCCCUCACGCAUUGGUUUCCAUCUCUUCCCGUCACGCAUUGGUUUCCAUCUCUUCCCCUCACGCAUUGGUUUCCAUCUCUUCCCCUCACGCAUUGGUUUCCAUCUCUUCCCCUCACGCAUUGGUUUCCAUCUCUUCCCCUCACGCAUUGGUUUCCAUCUCUUCCCCUCACGCAUUGGUUUCCAUCUCUUCCCCUCACGCAUUGGUUUCCAUCUCUUCCCCUCACGCAUUGGUUUCCAUCUCUUCCCCUCACGCAUCGGUUUCCAUCUCUUCCCCUCACGCAUUGGUUUCCAUCUCUUCCCCUCACGCAUUGGUUUCCAUCUCUUCCCCUCACGCAUUGGUUUCCAUCUCUUCCCCUCACGCAUUGGUUUCCAUCUCUUCCCCUCACGCAUUGGUUUCCAUCUCUUCCCCUCACGCAUUGGUUUCCAUCUCUUCCCCUCACGCAUUGGUUUCCAUCUCUUCCCCUCACGCAUUGGUUUCCAUCUCUUCCCCUCACGCAUUGGUUUCCAUCUCUUCCCCUCACGCAUUGGUUUCCAUCUCUUCCCCUCACGCAUUGGUUUCCAUCUCUUCCCCUCACGCAUUGGUUUCCAUCUCUUCCCCUCACGCAUUGGUUUCCAUCUCUUCCCCUCACGCAUUGGUUUCCAUCUCUUCCCCUCACAAAUUGGUUUCCAUCUCUUCCCCUCACGCAUUGGUUUCCAUCUCUUCCCCUCACGCAUUGGUUUCCAUCUCUUCCCCUCACGCAUUGGUUUCCAUCUCUUCCCCUCACGCAUUGGUUUCCAUCUCUUCCCCUCACGCAUUGGUUUCCAUCUCUUCCCCUCACGCAUUGGUUUCCAUCUCUUCCCCUCACGCAUUGGUUUCCAUCUCUUCCCCUCACGCAUUGGUUUCCAUCUCUUCCCCUCACGCAUUGGUUUCCAUCUCUUCCCCUCACGCAUUGGUUUCCAUCUCUUCCCCUCACGCAUUGGUUUCCAUCUCUUCCCCUCACGCAUUGGUUUCCAUCUCUUCCCCUCACGCAUCGGUUUCCAUCUCUUCCCCUCACGCAUCGGUUUCCAUCUCUUCCCCUCACGCAUCGGUUUCCAUCUCUUCUUCUGCCUCCAUGUCUCACUCUCUACUCCCUACCCUCCGCCCCUGCCCUUGCAGGCCACGCUGUACUCGCCACUGCAGCAGGCGCUCUCCUUCGCCGUGCCACUCGCCCCCACGCUCGCCUCCUCCACCACUCCUGUCGCCCUCAGCGGCACGUGCAAGAUGGGGCCCAUUGGCUUCGCGCUCAACGGCGUGCCCUUCUACAGUGCGUGUGACGCCCUGGGCCGUGACGCCUUGCAGUACGAGGGCUCCACCUUUGACUCGUGUGGGGGGCACCCCACGCCCUCGGGCCAGUAUCACUACCACGUCGCACCCGGCGUCGCCAACCCCUCCGCCAUCUCCGCAUCUCGCUCCACCAACUUCAAGCUCUGCAACUCGUCCUUCUGGCAGGACGUGCGCGGGCAGCACUCGCCGCUGCUGGGCUUCCUGGCGGACGGCAUUCCGCUCUUCGGCCCGCGGGCAGCGGGGGGGGCGCUGCCGGCAGGGCUGGACGAGUGUGGGGGGCACGUGGGCGACGGCAGCAGCGGCGAGCCGGCGUUCUACCACUACCACGCCAGCAGCACGGCGCCCUACACUGUGGCUUGCCUCAAGGGCUGCGUCGCCUCCUCUGACUGGGGCAACCUCGGCUCUACUUCCUGCACCCAGGCCACCAAGCAAUACGACUACUCAUCACUGGCGGCAGUGCAGGCAGCAUGA